AUGGCUCUGAAGCAGCAGCUCUCCCAGCUACUCUUCAUCCUCUUCCUCCUCCUCCUCAGUGGGCUCCAGUGUGACUCUGGAGAGAAGAGUCUGAGCCGCAGCAAGAGGGAUAUCAGCAAUGACCAGCCUCGCAUGGUCUCAGAGAGUGGUAACCUGAUCUUCACCACUGGGGACCACAAGGACAUCCGGUUCCAGACCAGUGGAUCAGGGAGUGUCAAGGUGGGGAACGAGGACCUGACACAGCUGCUUGGCCAGAUCAAAACUAAUAAAGGCGAUAUUGAUGACAUUAAGGCCAAUGGAGGGGGAACACCUCCAGAUGUUACUAACCAGAUCAACCAGCUCAACACAAAGGUGUCAACACUUGAAUCAAAGGUUCAAACGAUAGAACAGACGGUCCAGAGGAAGACCUGUGGGAGUAACCCUUGUCAGAAUGGGGGCACCUGUUUGAACCUGCUGGAUGCCUUCCACUGCAUCUGCCCAAACAACUGGCAGGGGCCCAUCUGCGCCGUGGACGUGAACGAGUGCCAGCUCUAUGCGGGAACGACGCAGGGCUGUCAGAAUGGUGCCACGUGUGUCAACAACCCAGGAUCCUAUACUUGUACCUGCCCAGCAGAAUGGUAUGGUCCGCACUGCACCUCUCGCUAUGACGACUGUGUGGGGGCGAGCCAGGAUCUGUGUGUCCAUGGGGUCUGCAUCGACUCAGACAGAGACACGCCUAACCAGCCCAAGUAUAAGUGCAUCUGUGACGCGGGCUGGACAUCACCUCCUGGCGCCUCGGCCUGCACAGCAGAUGUGGACGAGUGCAGCCUUCCCAACAAGCCAUGCUCCACUAACCCCCCAGUGCAGUGCUUCAACACCCUGGGGUCCUUCUACUGCGGUGCCUGCCCUGCAGGCUGGCAGGGGAAUGGAUACAGCUGCCAGGAUGUGGAUGAGUGCGCCACAAACAACGGAGGCUGCUCCACCUCCCCCAUGGUGCAGUGCCUCAACACCAUGGGGUCUUAUCACUGCGGAGCCUGCCCACCAGGCUAUGAAGGGGAUGGAAGGACCUGCACCCAGGCUAACCUCUGUGCCUCCAACAAUGGGGGCUGCCACCCCCUGGCCACCUGCUCUACCCCUCCAGGUAGCACCAUCCCAAUCUGCACCUGCCCCCCGGGGUACACCGGGAAUGGGUAUGGUCCCACAGGCUGCACCCAGACCAGCAACAUCUGCCAGACAAACAAUCCCUGUGUCAAUGGCCAGUGUGUGAGCACAACCACUGGGUAUAUCUGUACAUGUAACCCUGGCUGGACCGGGGUCAACUGUGACCAGAACAUUAACGAGUGUGCCAGCAACCCCUGCCAGAACGGAGGUACCUGCACCGAUGGAAUCAAUGGAUACACUUGUACCUGCACUUCCCAAUGGACAGGACCUCAGUGUCAGACCGCCCAACAAGUGUGUGGAGGAUACCUGACCGGACCAGCCGGUACCUUCAGCUAUCCCAACACCCCCGGCAGCGACCAGUACGACCACAUGGUCAGCUGUGCCUGGGUCAUCAGAGCUGAGCCUGACAAGAUUCUGCGGAUAACCUUCCCUCACUUCGACCUGGAGAACAGCGUCAACUGUAACUACGACUUCCUGCAGAUCCACGAUGGGGAGAGCGCCUCUGCCCACCAGAUCGGGAGGUACUGUGGCACCAACGCCCCGGCCGAGCUCUUCAGCUCCCACAAUUCCCUCUACUUCUGGUUCCGCUCCGACCACUCCAUCAAUGCCGGUGGCUUCACUGUGGCCUGGCAGUCACAGUUACCAGUGUGUGGAGGAGAACUGACCGAGCUGUACGGGUCCAUCAACUCUCCGGGUUACCCUGGAAAUUACCCCCCGAACCGGGACUGCUACUGGACUGUGAACGUGAACCCCGGCCUGCUCAUCCAGUUUGCCUUCGGAACCCUGAGCCUGGAGCAGCACCCCGACUGUAACUAUGACUACCUGGAGAUCCGGGAUGGCCUGCUGCCAGAGGACCCGGUUCUAGGGAAGUACUGCAGUACUGGCUCCCCUCCCCCUCUACAGACCACUGGGCCGGCCGCCUGGGUCCACUUCCACUCGGACUUCAGCGUGAGCGACCGGGGCUUCCACAUCACGUACACCACCUCGCCAUCGGACCCGGGCUGUGGGGGCACCUACACGGACAGCGAGGGGAUCAUCAUCUCGCCCAACUGGCCCAACAACUACGCUCACAACCGCCAGUGCAUCUACAUCAUCCGCCUGCCUCCCAGCGAGGUUGUCUCCCUCAACUUCACUCACAUGGACCUGGAGUCUCACACCGGCUGCUCCUUCGACUACGUGGAGGUGCGGGACGGAACCACUGAAACGGGCCCGCUGAUCGGGAAGUACUGCGGCUCCACCCUGCCUGCCCCCAUCACCUCAAACACCAACGGGCUCUGGGUCCGCUUCAAGUCUGAUGGGUCCGUCAGCCGGGCCGGCUUCCGCGCCAUGUAUGAAGUUGGCUGUGGAGGCACUUUCUCUGGCUCUGGCCAGAUCCGGUCCCCCUACCACCCCAACUCCUACCCGCACGACAAAACUUGCGAGUGGGUCAUCAACCAGCCAGCCGGCUACGUGGUCACUCUCAACUUUCUGACCUUCGACAUCGAGGGCAGCUCCACCUGCCGCUACGAUUACGUGGAGGUACGGGAUGGCUCCACUGCAAGCUCUCCUCUGAUUGGCCAUUAUUGCGGUACCCAGAUGCCGCCCAUGAUCCAAUCCACACAGAGGUCCAUGUUCAUCCGCUUCAAGACAGAUGCAUCUGUCAGCAACCACGGCUUCACGGCCGAGUACGACUCUGCAGAAGAAGGUUGUGGGGAGACCCUGAACGCCCCCUCAGGCAUCAUCACCAGUCCUGGGCAUCCAACUAACUACCCCCAUGGAGCCAACUGCACCUGGUUCAUCUCUGUCGCCCCCGGUAACAUCAUCCGCCUCUCCUUCACUUCAUUCAACCUGGAGUACCACUACAACUGUAUCCGUGACUACGUGGAGGUGUACGACAAUGGCACCGCUGAGACCGGGACCAAACUUGGCAGAUACUGUGGGCGGUCAGUGCCCCCCUCCCUGACCAGCACGGACAACCUGAUGACCAUCCUGUUUGUCUCGGAUGCCAGUCUGGCCACGGAGGGCUUCUCCGCAAACUACGUGUCAAUCAAUGCCACGACAGACUGCAGCCAGCUGUUCACAUCCCCCACUGGAGUGCUGAGCUCCCCCAACUACCCCAGCAACUACCCCAACAACCGCCAGUGCGUGUACCGCAUCGUGGUGGGGGUCAACAUGCAGAUCAUGCUCAACUUCACCGAUUUCUACCUGGAGGGAGUGCACCCCAGCUGCACCUAUGAUUACGUGGAGAUCAGGGAUGGAGGGUACGAGACCUCCCCUCUGAUUGGCAAGUUCUGCGCAACCCAGAGGCCACCUCUGCUGGUCUCCCACAGCAACAGGCUGUGGAUCAAGUUCCGGUCGGACGCCUCUGCCACCUACACGGGGUUCUCUGCUCACUGGGAUGGAACCCUGUCAGGCUGUGGAGGAACCCUGACCACCAGCACGGGCAGCUUCACCUCCCCAAACUACCCCCUGCCGUACCACCCCAAUGCCGAGUGCUACUGGCACAUCAAGGUCAGUCAGGGAAGCCCCAUCCAGCUGCGAUUUGGAGACUUCCACUUGGAGUCCAGCUCCACCUGCUCCUACGACUACCUGGCGGUAUAUGAUGGGAACAGCACCAACGCCCCUGCCCUGGCCAAGCUGUGUGGGACAACGUUGCCCGCGGCAAUUAACUCCACCAGAGACCAGAUGUACGUUAAACUGCGGACUGAUUCCAGCGUCAGCGCUGGGGGGUUCCUGGCCACGUAUACUCAGACCUGCCAGGGUGUAGUCAUAGCCAAUCAGAGCAGAGGGUUCAUCGAGAGCCUUGACUACCCCAACAGCUACGCCCACUCCUCCCACUGCAGCUGGACCAUACACACCACCAUGGGCAACACCAUCAACUACACCUUCACGGCCUUCGACCUUGAGCGCUCCUCCAGUGCCUGCAUCUACGACUAUGUCAAGCUGUAUAACGGUCCAAACGAACAGGCCCCUCUGAUUGGCACUUUCUGCGGGAACACGCCCCCGCCACCCAACACCACCACCAGCUCCUCCCUGCACAUGGUGUUCCGGUCCGAUUCCUCCAUCUCUCACUCGGGCUUCCAGAUGAUGUGGUACCAGAACGGUUGUGGUGGGGAUCUCUCCGGGCCAAGCGGCUCCUUCAACAGCCCCGGGUACCCCAGCAGGUACCCCGAGAACCGCGAAUGCAUCUGGUACAUCCAGACGUCUGCUGGGAGCAGCAUCCAGAUCACCAUCCACGAGUUCGACGUGGAGUACCACCCCGACUGCAACUACGACCUUCUAGAGGUGUAUGGAGGCCCUGACCUGUCGGCCCCACGCCUAGCCCAGCUCUGCACCACGCGGCCCCCCAACAACCCCUUGCAGGUGUCCAGCACGGGGAAUCUGGUGACAGUGCGCUUCAAGUCUGACGCCUACGUCAGUGGCCGGGGCUUCAACGCCAGCUGGCAGGAGGUGCAGGGAGGUUGUGGAGGGGUGUUCACGGCUCCCAGCGGCGAGAUCCACUCGCCAGACUUCCCGAACAACUACCCCAACAAUGUGGACUGCUCCUGGACCAUCAGCGUGGACCAGGGCCACCGAGUGCUCUUCAACUUCAGUGUGCUGGAGAUCGAGUCCCAGUCCUCCUGCAACUGGGACUACGUGGCUGUGUAUGAUGGCCCCAGCCAGACAGCUCCACUCCUGGCUCGGGUGUGUGGGUUCACCCUGCCAGAGCCCAUCUUUUCCACGCAGAAUACCAUCUAUGUGCGCUUCCGGUCUGACAGCAGCCAAAACCACAAGGGCUUCAGCGCGCGCUUCUCGGAAGCCUGUGGCGCCACAAUCAUCAGUGACGAUGUGGGUGGAGCCAUCGCGUCACCACGGUACCCCUACCCCUACCCGGUCAAUCAGAACUGCAGCUGGAUCAUCAAGGCACAGGAGCCAUUUAAUCAUGUGACUCUGUCCUUCACUGACUUCAUUGUGGAGAACCGGUAUGGGAACUGUUCGUCAGACUUUGUGGAGAUCCUGGAUGGGGACAACUACCAGGCCCCCACAGUCGGCCGCUAUUGUGGAACCGAGGUGCCCCACCCUGUGACUUCGUUUAGUGAUGCACUUGUUGUUAACUUCAUCUCCAACUCGAUCUUCUCGGAGAAGGGGUUCAGGGCCACCUACGCUGCCUCUACCUCAGCCUGUGGAGGGGACCUGCACAUGGAAUCUGGGGCCUUCAACAGCCCCAACUUCCCGGAUGCCUACCCCCCCAACCUGGAGUGCGUGUGGACCAUUACCAGCUCCCCUGGCAACCGCCUGCAGCUGUCCUUCAUCAUGUUCCAGCUCCAGCAGAGCUCAGGCUGUAAUCAUGACUUCCUGGAGAUCCGGGAGGGGAACUCCACUGGCCCCCUGGUGGGGCGCUUCUGCGGCUCCGCCCUGCCCUCCAACUACACCUCGCUGGUGGGGCACGUGCUGUGGGUGCGGUUCGUCUCAGACGGGUCCAUCAGCGGGAACGGGUUCCGGGCCAUCUUCUCACACCUGUAUGGGAAUGAAAUCACCGGCACGUCGGGACAGAUCGCGUCCCCACUCUGGCCGAGGACAUAUCCCAACAACGCAGAUUACCGCUGGACCAUCACGGUAGCCUCCGGCUACUACGUCCGCAUCCGCUUCCUGGACAUGGACAUCGAGGACCUGUAUGACUGUUACUACGACAACCUGAAGGUGUUUGACGGGCCGAACGUCCACGCUUACCCCCUGGGGACGUUCUGCGGCCUCACCCUGCCCCACCCGGUCAGCAGCUCGGGCAGCGUGGUCACGGUCGAGUUCCAGUCAGACUUCACGGUGGGCGGUCGGGGUUUCCUCCUCGAGUGGACCGCGGUGCAGAGCUCAGGGCCUCUGCCUACCAUCGCUCCGGGAGCCUGUGGGGGGGCUCUCAUGCCUGGUGAUACUCCCAUGUUCCUCUUCUCUCCUGGCUGGCCCGAUUUCUAUGAGCCCUACCUGGAGUGCACAUGGGUGAUCCGCUCACCUGACUCCAUCGUGGAGCUCAACGUGCUGUCGGUCGACAUCGAGGACGAUGCCACCUGUUACUAUGACAGUCUGGUUGUCAGGGACGGUGAGACUAACCUCUCCCCGCUGCUGGCCACCAUCUGUGGCCGGGAGUUACCGGGCCCGAUCCACUCCACUGGCGACUCCAUGUUCCUCCGUUUCAACUCUGAUGGCAGCAUCAGUGGGAGGGGCUUCAACGCGUCCUACUCCAAGGGCUGUGGCGGGCUCUUCCAUGCUGACAGGGGGGUGAUCAGUUCCCCAAAAUACCCGGAGAACUACACCCCCAACCUGGACUGCACCUGGCGUGUCAUGGUAACCCCUGGGUUUCGAGUGACUGUCACCUUCCAAACCCCCUUCCAGGUGCAGGGCUUUGGCACUGCCUGCAAUACCGGAGACUACCUAGAGCUGAGGAACGGUCCUGACGCUACUGCCCCCUCCCUGGGGGGCCGCCUUUGCGGGGCCAGCCCCCCCUCAGUCAUGCAAACGACCGACAACCAGCUGUACCUGCGUUUUGUCUCCGACGGUUCCAACGAGGGAAGCGGCUUCAAGCUUACCUUUGAAGCCCACAGUCAGGCAUGUGGAGGUGCCAUCGAGCUGAGCGACUCAGACCCCCCAGGGUACAUCACAUCCCCCAACUACCCCAGCAACUACCCCCAGAACGUGGACUGCAUUUGGGUGAUCACCGUGCCCAAUGGGGAGUCCGUGCAGCUCGAUUUCGAGGACGACUUCUACAUCGAGCCCUCAUCCAGCUGUGCCUAUGACUACCUGGAGGUGCGUGACGGGGCGUCCUCCAAUGGCGACCUCAUCGCCAGGCUGUGCGGCCAGCAGAGGCCGUCCACACAGCACUCGCCAGGCCCAGUCAUGUUCCUGCGCUUCCGCACGGACAGCAGCGUCACGCACAAGGGCUUCAAGGCCAAGUACUCCAUUGCCACAUGCGGGGGCACCUACACCAGUCAGAGCGGCGUCAUCCGCAGCCCGGGGUACCCCAACUCCAACUACCCCGACGGAUCCAGUUGCGAGUGGUACCUGGAGGGCCCCACGGGCCACUACCUCACCCUCACCUACACCGCCUUCGACCUGCAGAGCUCUCCCGGCUGCACCAGCGACUACGUGGAGAUCCGAGAGUACAAUGCUUCCGGUCGCCUCUUGGGCCGACACUGCGGGAACAGCCUGCCCACUGCCAUGGAUACGGGAGACAGCUUCGCCUACGUCAAGUUCGUCAGCGACAGCAGCGGAAACGCCGGCGGCUUCAGCCUGUCCUUCAUGGCCAGCGUGGAAGAGUGCGGAGGGGACCUGAACACGCCCUUUGGGACUAUCUCGUCCCCCAACUACCCCAACCUGUACCCCCACAGCCGCGUGUGUCACUGGAGGAUCACUGUGCCACAGGGCCGCAGGGUCACCCUGACCAUCAACGACCUGCGGCUGGAGGACCACAACACCUGCACCUUCGACUACGUGGACAUCUUCAACGGCCUGGUGGCCAACGCCGCCCACCUGGAGCGCUUCUGUGGGACGGUGAGCGCGGGGACGCAGGUGAAGUCAUCAGGGAACACCAUGACCGUUGUUUUUUCCACUGAUUCCUCCGUGUCCAAUGGGGGCUUCACCGCUGACUACUCCUCCGAUGAGGCUGCAGUGUGUGGCGGGAUCCUCAGCAACCCUGAGGGAGGCAACUUCACCUCGCCAGGCUACGGCGUCAGCAACUACAGCAGCAACCUCAACUGCGAGUGGCUGAUCCAGAACCCACAGCAUGUCAACUCCUCCAUCGUGGUGCUGAUCGAAGACAUGCACCUGGAGCACCACCAGACCUGCGAGUGGGACUACAUUGAGUUCCGCAUGGGCGACUCUAAUGGGGAGUUUCUGGCCCGGUUCUGCGGUCAGACAGCCCCACACAUCCCACUGGUUGUGUUCACUCCUGAGCUCUGGGUCCACUUCCUGUCCGACCAGGCCGUUGUCGACCUCGGGUUCAAGGCUAAGUACUUUUUCUCAGACUGUGGAGGCCUGCAGACCGGAGAGGGAGGCAUUAUUGCGAGCCCCGGUUACCCCAACAACUACCCCAGCCCCAGCCGCUGUGCUUGGCUCCUGGAGGCCCCCGAGGGCCACACCAUCACUCUCACCUUUACCUACUUCCAAGUGGAGGACCACGCCAAGUGCUCAUGGGAUUCCGUCACCAUCAUGAACGGAGGGUCCCCGGGGUCCCCUCUGAUUGGCCAGUACUGCGGAAACGCCUCCCCUGGCACCAUCAAAUCAGGAUCCAACAAGCUGGCCGUGGUGUUCCUGGCUGAUCACAGCGUUUCGAGGGGCGGAUUCCGAGCAACCUGGUCAGCUGACUCCUCAGGCUGUGGAGGGGUCAUCCACGCAGACAGCGGGGGCAUCAAGUCCCCAGGCUACCCCCAGAACUUCCCAGCCAACAGCGAGUGCACCUGGAGGAUCAUCGCCCAUGAAGGAUACCACUUAGAGAUGAGCUUCGACAGUGACUUCCAGAUCCCUGAUUCCAGUGGACAAUGCCAGAACAGCUUUGUCAAGGUGUGGGCGGGUCACCGGGAGCUGGCCGAGGCUCUGCUCGCCACCGGCUGCGGUUCGACUGCCCCAGGACCGGUCAUCGCCCCCUACAACACUGUGACCACCAGGUUCCAGUCCUCCGGCAGCCCUGGCAAAGGCUUCUCUGCCUCUUUCCUGUCACGCUGUGGGGCGAACUUCACUGCUUCCAGUGGCCGGGUGGUGUCUCCCGACUACCCCGCCCACUAUCCCCACCUCUCCAACUGCAGCUACCUCAUCGAUGCUGGUGACCAGUCCGUUGUCGUCAUGGAGUUCCAAACAUUCCAGAUCGAGGCGCACUCCACCUGCCUGUAUGAUGGGCUGAAGGUCUAUAAUGGCCCCUCCCAGACCAGCCCCCUGCUGGCCACUCUGUGCGGCAGCACUAUCCCGGGCCCCUACACCACCUUCGGCCCCAUGCUGCUCAACUUCUACUCCGACUCCAUCAUCAAUGACAACGGCUUCUUGGCGGAGUACAGGGUCAUCCCCUGCGGCGGCGUGUUUAACGGCAGCACCGGGUCCGUCAGCAGCCCCGCCCUCUCUAUCACAAACUACCACCACAACAUGAACUGCACCUACCACAUCGUCGUCGGGGACAACAGGAUCAUCGAGCUCAAGUUCAAUACCUUCCACCUGGAGGCCUCCUCCACCUGUCUCUAUGACUACGUGGCAGUGUUCGAUGGACAGAACACCCUCGCCCCCCUGCUGGGGAAGUUCUGCGGCAGCGCGAUCCCGCCCACUCUCAAAUCCUCGGCCAAUCACCUCUUCAUCGUCUUCAGGACUGACUCGUCUGUGACGGCUCUGGGCUGGAGGGCCACGUACAGUGAGACCUUAGGGCCCCAGCAGGGUUGCGGGGGAUACCUGACAGCUCCCACUGGAACUUUCGGCUCUCCAGACAUAAACCAGGAUGGCAAAUACGAGCCGCGCAUGGACUGUCUGUGGACCAUCGCCAUGCCAACCAACAAAGUGGUCAACCUCACCUUUUCCUCCUUCCAGCUGGAGGGUUCAUCAGGUGCCAUAUGCAGAUAUGACUAUGUCAAGAUCUUUGACGGCGACAACAUCAACUACCCAUUGGUUGGCACGUUCUGCGGCAGCACUGUCCCCUCCCCCUUCGUCUCCAGCAGCAACUUCCUGACGGUGCAGUUUGUCACGGACAGCACAGUGUCCCUCAGUGGCUUCAACGCCACCUACAGGGCAAUCGACAGGAUCUGUGGAGGGAUCCUAAAUGCCACUGACUCUGCCCAGACCAUCACCUCCCCCUUCUAUCCCAACGCCUACCCAGACUACACCUCGUGCCGCUGGACGCUGGACGCCCCCGCGCAGGAGACCAUCAAAGUGUCUGUCCAGCAGUUCCAUCUGCAGCCCAGCCAGAGCUGCGGACAGAACUACCUGGAGAUGAAGGACUGGCCAGGGGGUGAUUAUGGCCAGACGCACAAGUUCUGUGGCACCGAUUCACAUGUCCCCGACUUCUACAGCUACGACCGCACCGUGCAUCUCAGCUUCAAGUCCGACGCCUUCAUGCCCGGGAACGGCUUCAGCCUGACCUAUCAGAUCGCAGGGUGCAGCAGGGUGUAUGAGCAGGCCUACGGGUACCUGAAGAGCCCAGGCUGGCCGGCUGUGUACCCCCACAACCUGGACUGCAGCAUCGUCCUGCGAGCCCCCCAGGGCAGCCCCAUCUCCCUGUUUUUCAACAGCUUCGAUGUGGAAACCCACUCCUCCUGCAACUAUGACUUCCUGGAGGUGCGUAACGGCAGCACAGCCGACGCCCCCCUGCUGGGGAAGUUCUGUGGGAGCGCGCUGCCAAACCCCAUCUUCCCACGGUCCAAUCAGCUCUUCCUGCGCUUCAAGAGCGACUUCUCCAGCGCACGCAAUGGGUUUGAGAUCACCUGGACAUCUUCUCCACAGGGCUGUGGCGGAGUGCUCUAUGGAGACCACGGCUCCUUCACCAGCCCGGACUACCCCGGCACCUAUCCCAAUGGAUCACACUGCGAGUGGAACAUCCGGGCGCCGGUGGGCCGGGUGGUGACCGUCACCUUCGCCCAGAUUAGCAUUGACGACCCUGGCGACUGCCAGAACAACUACCUGAAGCUGUACGAUGGGCCAGACGCCAGCACGCCGCCCAUCGGACCCUACUGUGGGCCGGAGACAAACAUAGCACCAUUCACCGCCUCCUCCCACCAAGUCUUCAUCCAGUUCCAAGCCCAGUCCGCCACCUUGCCGUCCGGAUUCAGACUGACCUGGAGCAGCUGAGAAGGCUCUCCCUCUCGCAUGCACACAAGUGCACAGACACACACACACACACACAUACACUCUCUC